AUGAACAAGUCACUACUAAAUGCAGAAAACUAUCUUUAUCUACACCCAAGUGAAAACCCAGCCGUCGGACUGGUUUCUCCAGUUUUAGAUUCCAACAAUUAUCAUUCAUGGAGUAGGUCCAUGAUAACGGCGUUAAGCGCCAAGAACAAAGUAGAGUUUGUGAACGGAAAAGCACCCGAGCCAUUGAAGUCUGAUAGAACCUAUGGGGCGUGGAGUCGCUGCAACAACAUGGUGGUGUCUUGGUUGGUCCAUUCAGUAUCCAUCUCCAUUAGACAAAGUAUCUUGUGGAUGGACAGAGCAGAAGAAAUCUGGAAUGACUUGAAAUCAAGGUACGCACAAGGGGACCUUCUGAGAGUAUCUGAACUCCAACAAGAAGCUUCGUCCAUCAAGCAAGGAUCCCUUUCGGUAACAGAGUACUUCACGAAGCUGCGGGUCAUAUGGGACGAGAUCGAAAACUUCAGACCCGAUCCCAUAUGCGCAUGCACUGUCAAAUGUACUUGCUUGGUACUCACCACCAUUGCUCAACGAAAGAGAGAAGAUCGUGCUAUGCAGUUUCUGCGAGGGCUGAAUGAGCAGUAUAAUAAUAUACGUUCUCAUGUGCUGCUCAUGGAUCCAAUACCUACCAUACCUAAAAUUUUUUCGUACAUGGCACAGCAGGAGAGACAACUUACAGGUAACAACUCUAUAUCAAAUUUCCAUCUCGAAUCUAAAGAAGGAUCUUCCAUUAACGCUGUCAAAAGUGUCUGUGAAUUCUGUGGACGUAUUGGUCACAAUGAAAGCGUUUGUUACAAGAAAAACGGUCUACCUCCUAAUUACGAUGGGAAAGGCAAAGGAUAUAACACGCGAAAAACAUGCACCUACUGUGGGAAGCUUGGGCACACAAUCGAAGUUUGUUACAAGAAACACGGGUAUCCCCUAGGCUUUAAAUUCAACAAUGGCAGAACCAUAGUUAAAAAUGUAGUGGCAGCAGAUGGAAAAGUCACAGAUGACCAAAAGCUAUCUCAAGAAUCUCAAGAACUGGUUCACUUUUCACCAGAGCAAUACAAGGCACUGCUAGCCUUAAUACAACAGUCGUCGGCCGGGAACUCAGCAUCCAUUAAACCUCAGGUUGCCUCUAUUUCAUCUUGUACCAAUAACGACACAACAGGAUAUGACUACCAAGGUGAGGAUUGGUACAGCUGA